UCGCCUGGUUGUAGUUCCAGGACUGUAUAAAUGGGGGCUUCAGUCAGUCCUCAGCAGCUCUAUCGGGUUUGUUUCGUGGCAAAGCUGAAAAAUUUACCAUCAGAAGUCCCUGUUGUGAGUUUCUGAGGCAUGGAGAGUGUGAGUCGUGGAACAGCAGCGCUGCUUUUUUGUGCGCUUUUGUGUUGGCAGCAGGAAGGGACAGCCUCUCUGCGCGCGCGGUGCGUCCAGGGUCACUGCUACUUCCAAACCCUGGAAAACUUUGAGGACGCAAAGAAGGAGUGCGAAAAUCAAAUGGGGGAGCUGUUGGUGCCCAAUUGCAAGCAAGCUGCGGUGAUGACGAACCUGCUAAACGGGCUGAACGGGAGAUUCUGGGUGAGAAACAUCGACGGGGAAGAACCCUCUCGUCGAUGCUCCGCGGUGUCUGCGAGGAAGGGGCAGAACGCGACGUGCGUGUCGGAGCCGUGCCAGGACAGACUGGACGGGUUUCUGUGCCAGUUUGAGCCCGGUGACACCUGUGGUGUUUUGCAGACAGACGCGCAGGUGAUUUACAACACAUCCCGUGGGUUUACCGUGGAGGACUCGGUCUCGUUUCCACAUGGAACCAUCGCCACAGUUAAAAGGCUUGGCGCAGAGUUCCCAGAUUCCAAACAUCUGUGUAUCUCAAACCAAUGGAUUCCAGCUCCUUGGAACUGUGAGGUAUUUGGUGGAGGCUGCGAGCUUGGCUGCAGCUCAGCCACAAAUACCUGCACCUGUCCCGCAAAUCACACCAUCCACUCCAACCGCAUCUCCUGCACCCCGCACCCUUGUGCAGCCUGCACGCAGGAGUGUGAGCGCCAGGGGGACAAAUAUGCAUGUAGCUGUAAGAAAGGCUUCAGGCUGGGGAUGGACCAGAAGACCUGUGUGGACAUAAACGAGUGCCAGGAAGUGUCGGAUCUGUGUGCAAACGAGGGAGAAGAAUGUCAGAACACACUGGGGUCAUUCCAUUGCAGCUGCAUGCCUGAUUUUGUGGAGGAGGAAGGAGUGUGCGUGAACAUGUCUAUAUGUUUACAUUGUGAGCACAUGAACUGUGAAAAGGUGAAUGGGGUGUAUCAGUGUGUAUGCGAGGACGGCUUCAGGGUGUCACCUGAAGACCCCACCAGGUGUGAGGAGCACUGCAAUUCAAGAGACUGUAAAGCAGAAUGCCUCCCCAACACUGAGCUGGAGGCCAAAGACAUGCAGCAGUGCUACUGCCCUAAAGGCUACAUCACAGACAACAGGAACGGCACGGUCAUCUGCACUGACAUAAACGAAUGUGAGCAACAGAAGGUGUGUGAUCACCACUGUGAAAACCUGUACGGCAGCUACAGGUGUUCCUGCGAUGACGGUUUUUACCUGCAAGACCACGGGAGCUGUGUGCCUCUGGACCUGGAGGUUGGAUCAGGUUCGGAUUUUCCACAUCUGGCUCCAUCCAACACACCCGCCAGCCUCCAACCAGCCUCGGUGCCCUCCUACAUCAAGGCCGGCAGCAUCUUGGGCAUCAGUGUGUUCAUGGUGUUGUGUGUGGUUCUGCUGGGGUGCCUAGUCAGAAACAUGAUGAGACAAUGCAGGACAUUCACCAUUUCUUCCUUUAAACAUCCAGAUAUUGAUCUUUUUUACCUGCAGCAGGUGACAGCAGAGACAUACAAGAGGCUGUCAUUGGACAAACAGCCCAGAAACGACUCGCAAAGACUCGAAACAACCAACCCACCAAUAUUGAGAUGGGAAGUUAUAAAAAGGAAUUUAAGUCUUCGAAGAAUGAUAUUAGACUGCUGCAUCCCGCGACCUAAACGGACAGCAGAGGCUUGGAAAAUGAGUUCCAUUAAAAGCUUGUUUGUGUUGGUUUUCCUGGUUGGAAGCGCCGGCGGGAUGACUCUCUGCGAUGAGGAUGAUUCUUCUUGCCUUAUCUUAUUUAAGGGUUCGCUCAAUUUUAAAGAUGCACAAAAUCGGUGCGUACAAGAAGGGGGGCAUCUAAUGACAAUGCGCUCCAACAGAUUAAGUCCCCAAAUGGCUUCAUUGUUACUGUUAACGAACUCGAACGGGGAGUUUUGGAUCGGUUUACACCGCCUCGGGGAUUGCCCAGAUCCAGAGAAGAAGCUGAGAGGUUUCCAGUGGGUGACCAACGACGAAGAAACUAACUACACCAACUGGUCGCCCAGUUUUGACAGCAGCUGCUCCUCUCCCAGCUGCGUCCACGUUUCCACAAGGAACUCUUUACAGUGGGUCCAGGCGCCGUGUGAUGGGAAGGCAACGGGUUUUGUCUGCGCGCGUGGCAAUUCGUGCCCAGAACUAGAAGCAGAACAGGCUAAGGGUGAGACUAUCCGCUACUCACAACCUAACGGUUCCAAAUACAGUGUAGACAGAGACAAACACAUAUCAUUGCAGUUGCCCCCUGGAUUCACCGCCACCCUGGAAACGUCUAGGAUCAAAUACUUGUGCGUUUCCAAGCAGUGGGUCCAAGCGCCCUGGAACUGUGAAAUACAAGAAGGCGGGUGUGAGUACAAAUGCAUGAUGAACCCCGAGAAGUCUCCCAUCUGUUACUGUCCACCUGGACAGACUGUCAACCCAGUUAAUAAAAGAUCUUGUGAAGCGCAGCCCACGGGUGACCCGUGCCAGGCAAUGGGCUGCCAGCAUAUCUGUUAUAAGAAGGGGGACUCUUAUGCUUGCGCGUGCCCCCAAGGCUUUCAGAUUGCCAUUGACGGUGUUUCGUGCUUGGACAUCGAUGAGUGCGUGGACCCACGACAGUGCCCCGUGGAAGGCACCAUGUGCAUAAAUACUCUCGGCGGGUUUAAGUGCGUCUGCAAACCCGGGUUUAAGAAGACUGGUGACGCAUGCAUGGACGUUGACGAGUGCGCCCUAGGUCCAUGUGAGCAUAUUUGUGUGAACGUUGUUGGAAGCUACGUGUGCUUGUGCAGUGAUGGGCACAGAGUCAGUCCAAAGUCACCUGAUAAAUGUGACAUUUACUGCAACAAAGAGGAGUGUCCCGCGAAGUGCGACCCGAACAACAUGUUCCAGUGUUUCUGUCCGGAUGGUUUUUUGUUGGAGGAGAGGGGCACGAGCAUGAUCUGCGUGGAUAUUGACGAGUGUCAAAGUUUUUCCUGCGACCAGGACUGCAAAAACACAUAUGGCAGUUAUGAGUGCUCUUGCUACCCCGGAUUUACUCUUACCAAACGGGGGGGUUGCAAAGAGGACAAUGAGGAAAAUGGAACUGAAGGCUCCGGAUUAAUAACCCCGAUUUCUGACGCAACAUCACCAUUUGUCCCAUUUCCUGAUCCAACAAGAAGCCCCUCGGGAGUGACACCGGGGGGUCUUGGGGGGAUUAUUGUGGUUACUACGCUUUUGAUCUUGCUGGUGCUUGUUGGCUCACACAUGCUGCUUAGUCGUAAGAAAAAAAUGGAGAGCAGCGGCGCGCUCAAAGCUGCAGAGGGUGAUGCGCACGGCCUGGAGCGGGUCACCAGUGACAUGGACAAGUGUCAAACCUCUUGUUGAAAAAAGGUUGGAUUACUACAGAUGGUAUGUUAGCAUCAUAUAACUUCAAGUGUAUGUCUGUGCUGUUUUUAUUGGCACGCAGUAAACGCAUCACAAGAAUAAAAACAGGCUUUUCUCCUUUGACAGUGGUUGCGCAAAAUUAAAACUUUUUACAAUAAAAA